AUGAUAGUGUUUUUGGGACUUGUAUUACUUGGAGCGUAUGCAGCGAAUCAAGACAAAUACUUUAAGGCGGUGAUUGAGAUGCGGAUCAGGUGCACAAGAGGGGAGGGUGUCGGCGAGUUUAUAGUCGAUGAGAUAUCGAAUUACCCAAUGACAAUAUUUGUGACUAAUCAAGAGAACGCAGACUACUUGACCUUUCAAGACGUGAUGGGAAACCCUCUUGAAAAAAUGGAUAUUUCAAACUCAACGAUGGAGCAAAUAGCACAAGAACUUGAGACAAGAGGAUAUCGACAGUAUUAUAAACAGUAA